GUCUGAUCAUUGACGUUGGAUUCAUUUUGCCUGAUUGUGCGACAGCGAGGGGGGCUGUGAGAAUCGGCUGCUUACCAAGCAGCGAACAUGGAUCGGUUAGCUUCAUAUGGAACUACCUAGCUGUUGGCACUGAAAUGCUGUGUGACAAAGACCCAAGACAUAGCUAUCUAACCUCAAUUAGAUGAAUGAUGAAGACAAUUUCUUUCCCUGUGAAUAAGAUGACCCGUACGACAAGCCACCCUGCCGGGGUUGCUCAUCCUACCUGACCGAGCCGUAUAUAAAAUGCGCCGAGUGUGGUCCCACGCCGUUCCUUCUCUGCCUACAGUGUUUUACCAGAGGGUUUGAGUACAAGAAGCACCAAAGUGACCACAGAUAUGAAAUUAUGACCUCAGAUUUCCCUGUGCUGGAGCCUGGCUGGACGGCACAGGAGGAGAUGGCUUUACUGGAGGCAGUGAUGGAUUGUGGCUUUGGGAACUGGCAGGACGUGGCCUAUCAGAUGCGCACCAAGAGCAAGGAGGAGUGCGAGGGACACUACAUGAAGAACUUCAUCAACAACCCGCUCUUCUCCUCCACGCUGCUGGGCCUACGGCAGAUGGAGGCUCGCACUGCUGACACGGCCAUCCCCUUCAAACCCACUGACGACCCCCCCAGACCGGCUUUUGACUCUGUGCUGUCGCGAGACAUGGCGGGGUACAUGCCUGCAAGAGCAGACUUCAUGGAGGAAUUUGACAACUACGCGGAAUGGGAUUUGAAAGACAUUGAUUUUGUGGAUGACGACUCUGAUAUUCUGCACGCCCUAAAGAUUGCAGUUGUUGAUAUUUACCACUCCAGAUUGAAGGAGAGACAGCGCAGGAAGAAAAUCAUCCGGGAUCAUGGAUUAAUCCACUUGAGAAAGUUUCAGAUGCUUGAGCGACGCUACCCCAAGCAGGUGCAGGAUCUGUAUGAGACCAUGAGACGCUUCGCCAGGGUAGUAGGACCCGUCGAACACGACAAGUUCAUCGAGAGCCAUGCAUUAGAGUUUGAACUGAGGCGGGAGAUCCAGAGACUUCAGGAGUACCGGACAGCAGGAAUCCAGUCCUUCUGCAGUGCGAAGGUGUAUGAGCGUGUGAAGCGUGUUCGGGAGGAUGAACGCAGGAAGAGGAGCAUGCUGUGCGAUGUUCUUCAGCUGAUCCAGGAUGGCCGUGCCUGCCAGCAGUGGCUGCACAAACAGGCUGCUAUUGAUGCAGGGAUCACGCCCGUGGUCACCACCAUCACCACAUCCGCGUCAGGCCGGAGAAGCGCACCCCCUCUGAACCUGACCGGCUUGCCUGGCACGGACAAACUCAACGACCGGGAGAAGGAGCUGUGUCAGGUGGUCCGGCUGGUCCCGGGGGCCUACCUGGAGUACAAGCAGGCCCUGCUGAACGAGAGCCGCCGGCAGGGGGGCCUGCGGCUGGCCCAGGCACGGGCCCUCAUCAAGAUCGACGUCAACAAGACCCGCAAGAUCUACGACUUCCUCAUCAAGGAAGGGUACAUCAACAAGGCCUAGACCGGCGCCGCGCCCAUUCCUGACCCGCCCACCAAACCUGCAGGGACAUCGUCGAGGAAAAGCACCCAGCCAGACUGGUGGUGCUGGUGAUACUGGUCAUACUGGUCAUACUGGUGAUACUGCUGAUAUUGCUGGGUGGAAGGUGUGCUCGGACUGCAUUUGAGGGACCUGGAACUGAAAGCACUGCCUCAGAACCCAUCUGCAA